AUGAAUCCUCAACCUAAUGGCCCUGGGCCAGCUCAAUCCCGCGAAAACUACAGACACUCCAUGGAAGAAUGGCGCCAAGCUGCCCUCGCUCAGCGCAAUCAAUAUGAACCCCGCGUAAAAGAGCAGGUUACUCGAUCGUUCCACGAAUAUUCUCCUCCAUUUUACGCCUCAAUCAUCGGAUAUCGUCGCGAAUGGAACCUCCUGGUUGCGACUUCUCGUGUCUCUGGCUUUGCUGCUACGCUCGGUAGAGAUCUCGAGGACGAAGAAGCCAAGGCCAUCGCCGAAUACACCCUCAGCAACAUCCAUACCAAUGCCAGUCUGAAGUGGCUGAGCCUCGCAAUCGCCGGAUAUAUGACCUACCGUGGUCGCCACACCUGGCAAUUCCCCUUUUAUAAACCAAAGCUCGGUGGCCGAUUCAAUCCUAAUGAGGCCACCAGCAUAUUCACCAACAAGAAGAUCAGGGGCUCCUACCCUCGUGCGACAUGGCAUACGCUUCGAUUUACUGCAUAUGCCGGCGUCACUAUGUUCAUGGUUGAGCCAGCUUUCCGAGCUGUCAACUUUAUCAGAACCGAAGCUGCCAUGACCAACGAUCCGAGGUUAAAGCAAUUCACCAAAGAUGCAAGUCAGCGUGUUGAGCAAGUCAUGUCAAAUCCUACUAUUUCAAAGACCGCUUUCACAGGCAAGGAUGCGCACAGGGGGGGAGAGGACAAUCCAUGGGCCAACAACGAUACCAAUAGCGCCAGCUCCGAGAGCAGCUAUCAGUCAUAUCAAUCCACUCCCACCCAAUACUGGGACAAAUCCCAAUCCUCUACCGCUACACAGCAAAGUCAGCAGCCGCCUAAGGAUGAUUGGAGUGUCCUAGACGAUGACGAUGAUGCUUCCCCCAUCGCAGCCUCUGCUCGCAAACAGCCAGCCGCUGCUCCUGCAGGCUCUGCAUGGGAUCGUAUUCGACAACAAUCACAGGGUGCUUCACAACAACAACAAUCUGACUAUCAGUCUCGAGCUUGGGCUGCUCGUUCUCAGACUGAGUCACAGCCACAAUCACAGUCUGGUUGGGGCAGCCAGGCUGCCGGUAGCUCGAGCGAGAGCUUCUCCUUCAGUAAAUCGGACGAGGAAAGAGCCAUUGCCAAGGAACAGGCACAAAACGAGUUUGACCGACUUGUCGAAAGCGAAAGGAAUAACACAGAUCAGGGGAACUCCUGGGGUCGCAAGUAG